UGAGUCAUUAAAAGUUGUUACGUUGGGGAAGAAAUCGAGGGAAAGGAAGAUUGGCUUUUGGAGGUGGGCUAAAAACUACAAAACCGAGCUUCUUGGGAACUGCCUUUUAUUCUAACAGGAAGUAGAGCAUCAUCGAAAGGGAGGGGCGGCCGCCCAGGAUCGGUACCCCGCUUCAGGCGCUCACUUUGCGGGAGGCUUUUUUUUUUUCCAGAUUAUCAGUCCAGUGAAUGAGGCAGCGUGGAUGCACGCUGCUGAGUUUAGAAAAAAACAAAUGAGCAAGCGACACGAUCCAUCCUUUUUAUGAUAACCAAACUGCAAGCUAAUAAAAUCGUCUGGCUGCACUGCAAUCUUAUGCACUCGAGUGCCAAGAGACCCUGUCACUAUCAGUUACAGAAGCCAUAAGGAAAAUAUUUUUAAAAAUUAAAAUUUUGCCAUAAUGAGUUUCCUGUGACUAAGGCAGAGGAAUUCAAAUGAAAAGCUUCAGUAUCCUGGAAUGGUCUUGUCACAUCUGCAAACUUCCUGGAAGAAUGAUGGGGAUUCGAGUGCUUCGUUUCUCUUUGGUGGUCAUCCUUGUGCUACUUCUGGUAGCUGGGGCUCUGACCACUUUACUUCCUAAUAUCAAAGAAGAUAAGAUGCUCUCUCUGCGUAGGGAGAUAAAGUCCCAGGGCAAGUCCACCCUGCACUCCUUUACUCUCAUAAUGCAGACAUACAACAGAACGGAUCUCUUAUUGAGACUUUUAAAUCAUUAUCAGGCAGUGCCACAGCUGCACAAAGUGAUUGUGGUAUGGAACAAUAUUGGGGAGAAGGGACCAGGUGAACUCUGGCAUUCUCUAGGGCCUCACCCUGUCCCUGUGAUCUUCAAGCCACAGACAGCAAACAGGAUGAGAAAUCGACUCCAGGUCUUUCCUGAGCUGGAAACCAAUGCGGUGUUAAUGGUAGAUGAUGACAUGCUAAUUAGCGCCCAAGACCUUGUUUUUGCUUUCUCAGUGUGGCAGCAAUUUCCUGAUCAAAUCGUAGGAUUUGUUCCUAGAAAGCAUGUCUCUACUUCAUCAGGUAUCUACAGCUAUGGAGGUUUUGAACUGCAAACACCAGGGUUUGAAAAUGGUGACCAGUACUCGAUGGUGCUGAUCGGAGCCUCAUUCUUCAAUAGCAAAUACCUUGAACUCUUUCAGAGGCAACCUGCAGCUGUCCAUGCUUUAAUAGAUGAAAUGCAAAACUGUGACGAUAUUGCCAUGAAUUUUAUCAUUGCCAAGCACAUUGGGAAAACGUCAGGGAUAUUUGUGAAACCUGUAAACAUCGGUAAUUUAGAAAAAGAAACCAACAGUGGCUAUUCUGGGAUGUGGCAUCGAGCUGAGCACUUUCUGCAGAGGUCUUACUGUAUAAAUAAGCUUGUUAGUAUCUAUGAUGGCAUACCCUUAAAAUACUCCAACAUUAUGAUUUCUCAGUUUGGUUUUCCAUAUGCCAACCACAAAAGUAAAAUGUGAAAGUAAAAUAAACAAAUCUCAAAACUGCUUAGUAUUUGAGUAGCUUCUCCAUGCUAUGGUUGGGUUGUUUGUUUGUUUGUUUUUCUUAAGCAAUAUGAUCAUUUAUCCAUUCAGAAGUCUCAACAAAGGGAAAAAAAUCUAUAAUGCUUCUAGGAUAUAAAAUUCACAUGAACUUCAAAAAACCAAGAAGGCAGUGUUAUGCAGACAGGUCUUGUGAAGAGUUUUCAUCCAUGGAUGUAACUCCUUAGUCAGUGAUUUUAUUGUUUACACUCAGACUGUCUACAGUUUCUUUGACUCCUGGCAUAUGCCUUAAGGACCUAAAGCAGUCCGUUUCCAGGAACAGAAACUCUUAUUUCUCAGCUUUUUAAUUAAAGGUUGAUUGUUUUAAUUUGAGACCUGAAAUGCCUCUGUGGCAAGUCUGUGGUGUAGGGAAGAACCAUGUGAGGAGAGAAUCGUCUCAAUCUCACACAAAAUGUGGGCAAUGUGUGACUAUCAGCGCUUCCCUUGCAAUCCUUCCAACCAGCCCUUUCCAGGACUGAGAGUCUGGCAUGCAGCCAUCAGUGCUUUUAUUUUUGUUGAUAAGCCCUUUGCAACUGGGAGGGUCGAUUUUAGAAGGAUAUCUAGUUGUUUGCUUGAUUUUUGUGAAAUUGCAUGGAUCACAAAAAAUCUGCCUAUGUUUCUUACAUACAACUCACAUACAGCAAGGAGCAAAUGUGUUACUGGGUUCAGGUAGUGCAUUUUGUCACUGAAUCUGACCUUGAGAUUGUACAUGAAUUCUUACAUUUUACAUAAUGUAUGUGUUGUUUAAGAAAUGCGUAAAAUAACUCUGCCGAAAGAACUGGCAGAAGUUAAAACCGUUCGUAUCAAGAGAUCUUCAUCGUUAGAGAAUAAGUUAUCUCAUAGGUACUAAAGAGUGGUGGGUAUUAUACAAAAGUCAAUCUCUUGUAUUCAGAGCUUCUUUUUUUUCUUUUUUCUUUUCAAAAAAGAUGAAAAGAGCUAUUCAUGAUGAAAUUUCAGUUAUACAGACAACAAGAAAAAAUUAGAACUGAGUCAUAGCUGAGGAAUUCUAUAGGGAGUCUGCAUCAGCUAAUUAAGUUGCCCACCUCUGUUAUGUGAAUUGGUAUCUAUCUGUCUAAUAACACUAUCUGUGGUCCUUGUUUACUACUGGUAACAAGGAAUACUUAUUUAGGUCUCUGUCUCUUCUCUUUCCACUCCUCCUCCUCCAAUAAUGGCAUUAUAUUCUCACAAUUGCAAAGCUGUGAAAAUACUAUAAUAAUAACGGUUAAUGUUCCAGCAGUGAGGUCUCUGUGCCGUUAGUUCUUUACAUUGGUAUGUGUAUGUGUCUUAACGGAGUCAGAUAAAACCAAUAGAACUUGGAACUUCACUAAAAAUCUGUGUUAAUUAUCUGCUUUGUUCAACCUUAGUAGUGAUUUUUUGCCUCUUGGGAUUCCAUUGGCAGAUAAAUAAAAUAAACUUUUACCA